AUGGUUCUCGUACGCCCUCAGAUGAUUCGUGCUUCUCUCGGUGCCGUCAGAGCCACUGCUCGACGACCCAUACAGCAGGUCGGACGCCGGACGUACGCGUCUGCACAAGAAAGCACCAAGAAAUCCAGUGACCUCCCAUGGAUGCUGGCAUCGGUUGGCCUCGGCGUCCCCGCUGCAUUCUACUUGCUUCAGCCCAGUCCCUCCAAGAUCGCCUCACACAACCACCAUGGCGAAACAAGAAUGACUGAGAGGAAGGAAGCCGAGAUUCCACCGGAGCGUGAGACUGUUGGCCCGGAUGUGAAGCCUUCUGAGGUCGAUGCGCCUGCCGGUAGCAAGGCUCCUUCAGGAGCCAACACCAUUUCUGCCAAGCAGGAGGGCCUUGACAGUUCGGACACUUCCAACCCUUACGUUACAGAACAGGGAAAGAGCGUAAAGGGUGAGGGCGAGACGGAUUCUGUCAAGCUGAAGGGAACUGUUGACCCUACUCGGCCACAGCGGUGA